GUAGAAUUUUGGUGAGUCAAUAAUUAGAUUCCCCCGACCCUUUUCGGUAACCCUUACCCGCUCCGAGAGAUUACCUUGACCGCGCAGCAUCACAAUCAGUAACUACAGCAAUUCCAUUAACUUCCAAGCAAACUCUUCAGCAAUAAAAAUUCACGAACAAAUCCAAGAUCAAUUUUUUUCUCCGAAUCCUUCGUCACCAAGCCCUCAAAUUCAAUUACUGGUUCCCGUAUUCGAAACCCUAAACCCCAGUUCUUCAAUUUGAUGCGGGUUCGUCUCUAUUUUCUUUUGUAAUUAGGGCGCAAGGAGAUGUAGCAAUGGAAGCAAUAAAACAUGCUCUGAAAGCUCUGAGAAAGCGGCAUUUAGUGGAAGAGGGUGCGCAUUCACAUGCUUUUAUUGCGCUAUCUCGCCCGAUUGUGUCUCAGGGGUCAGAGUGGAAAGAGAAAGCUGAAAAUCUUGAAUUGGAGCUCCAGCAAUGCUACAAAGCCCAGUCUAGAUUAUCUGAACAACUUGUGGUGGAAGUUGCCGAAUCCAGAACUUUGAAAGCACUAAUGCAAGAGAAAGAAACUGCGAUAUCUGAGUUGCAAAAUGAGCUCACUCAAGCAAGGGAUGAAUGCUCCCGGUUAGCUGUGCUGUUGGAGGAAAAGACCAAGGCUCUGGAACUGUUGAUAAGUGAGCACCAAGAAGUUAAAGGACAACUCGAGGCAACCACUCUUAGAGCUGACAAUGCCGAAGCGGAAAACAAGAUGCUAAUUGACCGUUGGAUGUUGGAAAAGAUGAAAGAUGCUGAGCGUCUAAAUGAGGCAAAUGCUCUUUAUGAAGAUAUGGUGGAUCGCCUCAAGCAAAGCAGCAUGGAACAUCUUGCCCACCAACAAGUUGAUGGUGUAGUCCGCCGGUGUGAAGAGGGUGCAGAGUACUAUGUCGAGUCAACCGUCCCCUCUACAUGCAAACAGAGGAUCCCUGCUCAUGACGGUGGCUGCACCUCCAUAUUGUUUGAGCACAACUCCUCUAAAUUGGUCAGUGGAGGACAAGACAAAGCUGUUAAAAUGUGGGAUGCAAACACGGGAUCAUCAACUCGGACACUUUAUGGUUGUCUGGGAACAGUUCUCGAUGUCUGCAUUACCCACGACAACAAAUCUGUUGUUGCCGCCAGCAGUUCAAAUACUUUGUACGUAUGGGACGUAAGCUCAGGUCGUGUACGACAUACCCUCACUGGCCACGUAGACAAGGUCUGUGCCGUGGAUGUCAGCAAGGUGUCUAACCGCAAUGUUGUCAGUGCAGCUUAUGAUCGAACCAUAAAAGUUUGGGAUCUUCAGAAAGGCUACUGCGUCAACACUCUUCUAUGCUACAGCAACUGCAAUGCCCUCUGUUUUAGUAUGGAUGGGCAGACCAUUUGCUCCGGCCACGUCAAUGGGAAUCUCCGACUAUGGGAUAUUCAGACAGGGAAACUUCUCAGUGAGAUUGCUGCACAUUCUUCUGCAGUAACAUCUUUAUCACUGUCCAGAAACGGGAACAUGUUGCUGUCAAGUGGGAGGGACAACUUGCACAAUCUAUUCGACACGCGCACUCUCGAAAUCUGUGCAACUUUGAGAGGAAAUGGGAGCGGACUGGCAUCUAAUUGGAGCAGAACUUGUAUGAGUCCUGACGAUGGUUAUGUCGCUGCAGGAUCUGCUGACGGGUCUGUAGAAAUCUGGUCCGUCGCAAAUGCCAAAAUUGUGAGCACGCUGAAGGAGCAUACAUCUCCCGUGUUGUGCUGCGCUUGGAGUAAUCUUGGUAAGCCUUUAGCAACUUGUGAUAAGAAUGGUAACAUUUGCAUUUGGUCUUGAUUCGGUAGGUUUCUCCUUAUUACAUUAAAGAAAAAAAGGGAAAAAAAAUGACACGAAAAAAGUAUAAAUUAAGUAGAGAAUUGCUGUUGGAGAAUCUGGUUACUAUUUGUUAAUUUAGGGAGUUAGUUGGAUGUUGAGAUUAGUACAUUUGUUGAUAGUUCAUGCAGCUGCUGAGAGGUGUACAUAUUUACUUGUGGAUAUAUUUGUUUAUUUGAUUAAUGUUUGAAAUUUAAUGUGAAGAAUAAAAGAAAUAUCCAAGUUUCAGAA